AUGAGCAGCUCAAUUCCCAUCUAUUAUCAAGUCAGUGGGCGCAAUAUAAGUGUAGUUAAACUCAAAGAAGGAGAAAAUCUUAUAAAUUUUCGUCAAACAAUCGUCAAUAAUGAAGCACUUGAUAUUCCUGACAGCACACUUAUCCUUUCUGCAACUACACCUGACACUGAAAUCCAAAUCAACAAUGAUGAUUAUUUUAAAAUUCAAUGUGGAAAAAGUCUUCAAAAAUUAGUAGAAUUGCUUUACAAUAAUGAUGACAAUCCAAUCCGAGUAAACUCUGUUGUGCAAACUACAAAAAGAAGUCGAGAAGAAGACAGUGAGCACCAACCUACAAAAAGAAGUCGAGAAGAAGACAGUGAGCACCAACCUACAAAAAGAAGUCAAGAAGAAGACAGUGAGCACCAACCUACAAAGUAUCUUCACAUUGUGAACAUUCCUGGGACCAAUAUGUACAAAACAACUGACAAUAAUAUUAAUAUGCAGGAGGUCCAUCCAAAUGUUCCCCAUAGCAUUCCUGACUUCUUAGCAUUCCGAAACACACCUAACAGAUUUUUUUGUGAUAAGACAAAAUAUAUUAGGCUACUUGAGGCUCAGCAGCCAGAUUAUAAAAUUUUGUUUCUUCGUCCUCGACAAUUUGGCAAAUCAACCUUGGUCAGCACACUUGCAGCUUACUAUGAUGUUCACACUAAGAACAUCUUCCAGUCACUAUUUGGAGGCCUUGACAUUGGGGAAAAUCCCACACGCUGGGCCAACCAACAUCUCGUUCUACUUCUUAACCUAUCAAGUGUUGAAACGGAAAACAUGAACAUUAUGAGGAAUAGUUUCAACCGAAUAAUUAACAAAAUGCUGAAAUUCUUUAUCAAAAAAUAUGCAGAAGAGUUAGGAUACCCAGAUAUCAAUGAAUUAAUUGAUGAGACUGCAUCUGAGUCCUUUUUAAACAUCUUUAAUCUAGUCCGUGACCGAAAAAAAACACUCUUCAUUGCAGUAGAUGAGUAUGAUCGUCCUGGAAAUCGUUAUCUGCAGAAUGGUGGGAUUAAACUAUGGAACCCUGUUUCACGUGAACACUUUACCUCUCUUGAAGAUUUUUUCGAUGCAAACCUCUUCUCUGCCCUCAAGCUGGGAUGUGGAGGAGAAUUCAAUAGGGUGAUACACAAGUUAUUUAUAACUGGUAUUACUCCAAUGUUCCAACGCAGACUAAGUUCAAUAGCUAAUUUUAGAAAUAUAUCAACUGAUGUCAAGUUUCACAGUGCUUGUGGCUUUUUUGAUGAAGAUAUCAAAGGGUUAGUUGAAGAGUAUCUUGUUUUGGAUGAGGAGGAUAAGACAGUUCUUCUAGAUGUUUUGAAGCAUUCUUGUGAUGGAUAUUUGUUUUGCAAGCCAGGAGCUGACACUAUCCAACCAGUCUACAAUCCUCUUUUGGUCUUUAAUGCUCUUGAGCGGUAUAAUGAUCGGGAAUAUCUCUUUGAACUUAUAAGUGGUUUGUCUGAUGCAACUCAUUUCUUUGGAAUGAUUGCUAGACAUAAUCUAAUCAAAUAUAAAGACCUCAUCACUCUCUAUUCAGGAGAACCUAUGCAGGCAGAAUUCAACCCCAAUAUUUCCUUUUCUGAAGUCCUCAGUGCUCCAAUGAUAGGGCAUGAUGCUAGCUGCCUUAAGACUGCAUGCUCAUUGCUCUAUUACCUAGGUGUGCUUACACAUCAUUCACAAGGGGGAUUGAUAGUACCAAACCAGAACAUACAGAAUGUGGUGAUUGCACAAUUAAUUGAAGAGCAAUGUGCCAACAAUUUUGCUGGUACUACUGAAGAUAGGGAGAGGGUAUACCAAGACCUUUUGGAUGGAACAGUAAACUCGUUUAUUGAAAUUAUGAAGAACUACUUCAGGAGUGAAUCAACAAGAGACCUACAAACAGUCAAUGAGCGUGCACUAAAAUCUGCUCUUCUGUCACUAAUUCCAUUCAGUGGUCGGGCUUCUGAACUCUGUCUCAUGGCAGAUUCAAGGAAAUGUUAUGGUGAAGGGCGUUACAAAUUCCCUGAUCUCUUUGUUACCAAACGUUCAAUUUUGGAUACCCGGACUCUGAGUAUUGUUGUAGAGUUAAAGCUCUUUUCACUCUUGGGUUUGUUAAGUGGGGAAGCUGGAUCCUGGUGUAGCAACUUCACUGCAUCACAGCUGGACAAUUUCAACAGGAACCUUGAGUCAGAAGGAGAAGGGGCACUGUUGAAGAGGAAAUACAUCCCCUACAACAGAGCAGAGGUGACAACAAUAGGUGAUGUAUUGAAUAGCGCAAUCACACAGCUGGAGAACUAUAUGUCAAUUAUUGCAAUGGGCCCAUGGAAGAAGCUAUCAAACACCGAAUUUUCAGGUGUCCAUGAUAUACGUGUUGGCGCAAUAACCAAUAGGAUUGGAGAUUUUCUAGACGGAUAUGUUAUUUUAGCUGUUGGUACUCGCCGUUUUAUAGUACGUCAGUUAGAUAGGAUUUCUGUAAACGUAUGCUAUUAUGUAUUGCAAUCUUAA